AAGAGUGAAACUCCGUCUCAAAAACAAAAACAAACAAACACCACCACCACCACCUCAUGAUUACAAGAUUAAGUACCUUUGAGCAUUUGUUUCUGCACUUACCACACGUAUCUGUCACUUUGCAGGUGCUUAAUAAUUGUGAGCGAACAUUCAACGAACCUCAUUUCAUAAACUUCCCUACUGAAAUAUAGUGGUCAUAGGAGACCAGCAGUUUAGCUCAUGCCUUCUGGUCCUUGCUUUGUAUUGGAAUACUGCUUCUAUCUACUGACUGGUUUACCCUGGGCUUCAGUUCCUUCUUUGGGCUCCAGUUCCCUAACCUUUUAAGUAAAGGAUUAUUGUGAGGACUAAACGAGAUAUAAAACGUGUAAAGGUUUAGCACUGUGCUUAGCAGAUAACGGAAAUAAAUGAUCUUUAUUAUAAUGUUUACGCUCCCUAAGAGUCAGUGGCUACGUCAUGCAGGAGACACUAGUGAACAAGCGGGUGGUGGUAACUAGACAGACCUGAUUUGGCAGUCUGUCAAACCUCUACCACCCAGUAUCAACCAAUACGAGAUAACUAACCUCGACACUUAAAGAAAAACCUCCACUCAUUCCAAAUCUCCCUUUUCUGACUCCCUUUCAAAAUGAACAAAACUGCAUAAAAUGCAGGUCUAUGUGUACGGGCAAAAACAGACUCAGUCACAUCCCUUAGGGAGUUAUUCCGGCGCCCACCCCACCGCGCAGAUAGAUCCAGCCGAAGUUAAAAGAGGGGACGUCCGGCUGGGCGCGGUGGCUCACGCCUGUAAUCCCAGUACUUUGGCAGGCUGAGGAGGAUGGACCGCUUUGAGCCCAGGAGGUCAGACCAGCCUGGGCAACAUAGCGAAACCCUGUCUCUACAACAAAUACAAAAAUUCGCUGGGCAUGGUGGCGGGCACCUGUCGUCCUGGCUACUUGGGAGGCUGUGGCGGGAGGAUCGCUUGAGCCCCAGAGGUCGAGGCUGCAGUGAGCCGAGAUCGCCCCACUGCACUCCCGCUUGGGAGACAGAGCGAGACUCGGUCAAAAAAAAAAAAAGGCCGGGCUUCGUGGCUCACGCCUGUAAUCCCAGCACUUUGGGAGGCCGAGGCGGGUGGAUCACCUGAGGUCAGGAGUUCGAGACCGGCCUGGCCAACAUGGUGAAACCCCGUCUCUACUAAAAAUACAAAAAUUAGCUGGGCAUGGUGGCGGACGCCUGUAAUCCCAGCUACUCAGGAGGCUGAGGAGGAGACUCACUUGAACCUGGGAGGCGGAGGCUGCAGUGAGCCGAGAUUUUGCGCCACUGCACUCCAUCUUGGGCAACAGAGUGAGACUGUAUCCAAAAGAAAAAAAAGGAGGGGACCUCACAGCCGUGCAAGGUGGAGUGAGGAAAUGCGGAUGUCAUCACCACUCGCCUUUAAAAUCGCGCGUUGUCAUUGCUGCCUCGCGUAAAGGCUUCCCCGGCGCUCUUCACCAACAGCGCCCCGGGCGUACAAUCUCGCCAGCCCGGAGCUCCCCGCACGGAUCCACCUCACCCGGCGCGCAGCGGACAGCCUCCUACGUCACGCCAGCGCCGCGCGGCAAGAAAGGCCCCCUUCUCCGCCUCCUCCCGACGCUGGCGCCGCUUUCUGGAAGGUUCGUGAAGGCCGUCAGGGCUUACCGUUAUUACUCUGCGGCCGGCCAGAAUCCGGGUCCAUCCGUCCUUUCCGAGCCAACUCAGACACAGCCGAGUUUGCCAUGCCCGAGAAUGUGGCACCCCGGAGCGGGGCGACUGCCGGGGCUGCCGGCGGCCGCGGGAAAGGCGCCUAUCAGGACCGCGACAAGCCAGCCCAGAUCCGCUUCAGCAACAUUUCCGCCGCCAAAGCGGUUGCUGAUGCUAUUAGAACAAGCCUUGGACCAAAAGGAAUGGAUAAAAUGAUUCAAGAUGGAAAAGGUGAUGUAACCAUUACAAAUGAUGGUGCUACCAUUCUGAAACAAAUGCAAGUAUUACAUCCAGCAGCCAGAAUGCUGGUGGAGCUGUCUAAGGCUCAAGAUAUAGAAGCAGGAGAUGGCACCACAUCAGUAGUCAUCAUUGCUGGCUCACUCUUAGAUUCUUGUACCAAGCUUCUUCAGAAAGGGAUUCAUCCAACCAUCAUUUCUGAGUCAUUCCAGAAGGCCCUGGAAAAGGGCAUUGAAAUCUUGACUGACAUGUCUCGACCUGUGGAACUGAGUGACAGAGAAACUUUGUUAAAUAGUGCAACCACUUCACUGAACUCAAAGGUUGUUUCUCAGUAUUCAAGUCUGCUUUCUCCAAUGAGUGUAAAUGCCGUGAUGAAAGUGAUUGACCCAGCCACAGCCACCAGUGUAGAUCUUAGAGAUAUUAAAAUAGUUAAGAAGCUUGGUGGGACAAUUGAUGACUGUGAGUUGGUGGAAGGGCUGGUUCUCACCCAAAAAGUAUCAAAUUCUGGCAUAACCAGAGUUGAAAAGGCCAAGAUUGGGCUUAUUCAGUUUUGCUUAUCUGCUCCCAAAACAGAUAUGGAUAAUCAAAUAGUGGUUUCUGACUAUGCCCAGAUGGACCGAGUCCUGCGAGAAGAGAGAGCCUAUAUUUUAAAUUUAGUGAAGCAAAUUAAAAAAACAGGAUGUAAUGUCCUUCUCAUACAGAAGUCUAUUCUAAGAGAUGCUCUUAGUGAUCUUGCAUUACACUUUCUGAACAAAAUGAAGAUCAUGGUGAUUAAGGAUAUUGAAAGAGAAGACAUUGAAUUUAUUUGUAAGACAAUUGGAACCAAGCCAGUUGCUCAUAUUGACCAAUUUACUGCUGACAUGCUGGGUUCUGCCGAGUUAGCUGAGGAGGUCAAUUUAAAUGGUUCUGGCAAACUGCUCAAGAUUACAGGCUGUGCCAGCCCUGGAAAAACAGUUACAAUUGUUGUUCGUGGUUCUAACAAACUGGUGAUUGAAGAAGCUGAGCGCUCCAUUCAUGAUGCCCUAUGUGUUAUUCGUUGUUUAGUGAAGAAGAGGGCUCUUAUUGCAGGAGGUGGUGCUCCAGAAAUAGAGUUGGCCCUACGAUUAACUGAAUAUUCACGAACACUGAGUGGUAUGGAAUCCUACUGCGUUCGUGCUUUUGCAGAUGCUAUGGAGGUCAUUCCAUCUACACUAGCUGAAAAUGCUGGCCUGAAUCCCAUUUCUACAGUAACAGAACUAAGAAACCGGCAUGCCCAGGGAGAAAAAACUGCAGGCAUUAAUGUCCGAAAGGGUGGUAUUUCCAACAUUUUGGAGGAACUGGUUGUCCAGCCUCUGUUGGUAUCAGUCAGUGCUCUGACUCUUGCAACUGAAACUGUUCGGAGCAUUCUGAAAAUCGAUGAUGUGGUAAACACUCGAUAAUCUGGAUAACUGACUAGCACCAUUAUGAUCACGAGUAUUGCAGCUGGAGUGGAACAAGAUCACCUUGGUGUCCCUUGUUUGGAAGAUUAUUUCCUCAGAAUUUCUGGGCUUGGUCUUCCAGUUGGCAUUUGCCUGAAGUUGUAUUAAAACAAUUUAAUGAAAACAUUAAAUAUUUGGUUUCAAAAGGCAGAUCAAUUUAUCUUCCAACAUUCUGUUAUUUCUGAUACUUUUGAAAAACUAAUAAAAGAAGCAUAAAAAGUGAGUUUACAUGUUGAGGAAAAAGAUGGCCCAAUAUGCUCAUCACUGAUAAAUGCUCAUUGGCAUUAAAAACUACCAACAUGUAAUAUAUAUGCUGUCUUAAAAGUUAACGAUACAAGUGGCACCUCUCUGAACCUACUCUGGCUUGGGAGGCUGCCCAAUUAAAACAAAAAUAAGUUAAUGAUACAGAAAGAGAAUGAAAAAUGAAAGCCUCCUUUUAUCCUAUCAUCCUAAUUCCUUUUCCCAGUAAUAAUGACUGCUGUGUUGGAUUCCUUCUGCAAAUAAAGGUGUAUACAUA